AUGGAAACAGAUUACGUGUCGACAAAAGAGCAUCCAAAGGCUACCAAUAGAUCUGUAUCUGGAAUGGUAAAAAUGUUGUCUAAAGAUUCUGGAAUAUCAUUAUCCACAGACUAUUCAGCGUUUGGCUAUCAUGUUAAAGAUUUCGAGACAAUUCCAGUACAAGACGUUGAGGAAAAGGUUGCCUCUAUUAUUGCAAAUGAAAAGUCCAAUUUGGAAAAACAAAUUGAGGCAAAUGAUUUUGAAAAACAGAAAUUAAUGGACGAAAUAAGCAAACUCAAAGAUAAUAUAGAAAAUGAGCCACACCAUGUACUAGAAUUACAAAAGGAAAUACUUCAACAUUGGUCCAAUGUGCUCAAUAAAAUUGUUAUAACAAAAGCCGCAAAGGUCCUAUAUCAGCACAUUCAGACAAAAAAUGUAAUUGCUAUCAUAGGCCCAUUAGGAACGGGUAAAUCAGCGUAUGCUUAUCACAUAGCAUUCAGAUUACAGAACGAAUAUGGUUAUACAAUUGUGCCUGCCAUACAGCUAUCAGAUAUAACUCAAUGUUAUAAACCAGGUACAAACCAAAUAUUCAUCAUCGAUGACUUUAUCGGAAAAUAUGCUUUCGAUGAGGCUGAAGGGGUUUCAUUGGAAAAACAAGGUCCAUUACUUCAAAAGAUUUUACAUAAUAACGAUCAAACUAAAGUUAUACUAACGUGUAGAAAGUCUAUUUGGCAUCCGGAAAAGUACAAGCGUUUUGCAUUUUCAGCAUUCGUGUGCGAUUUACAUACAAAAGAGUUGAGAUUAACUCUGUCAGAAAAACGAAAAAUCUUUGAGGCAUACAUUGACAGAGGUGACGUUGAGCCGUUAAAUGACGAAAUGUUAAUGAUGUAUAGUUUUUUCCCCUCUUUAUGUUCAAUCUUUUCAUCGAUAAACGUUGGUGCAAGUACAAGCUUGUUCACCAUGCCCGUUCAAUUCAUCGAAGAAGAAAUCAAUAAUUACGAGGAAAAAUCACAAGCACGUUAUAUUUCUCUAGCUGUGCUUGCUAUCAAACAAAAAAUCAACAAAAAAACAUUUCUUAAUGACAUUGAAUCAGAGGAGUGGAUCAAAACCCUGUUUGCAGAGUCUGGAUUUCAAACAUGUCCAUCAAAAAAACUUAUAAUAAGCCAUCUCGUAGCUUUGACUGACACAUAUGUAAAGGUUGAUAACGACCGUUUCGAAUUUAUCCAUGAAACUAUGCAAAAUAUAGUUCUUUAUUGCAUUGCUAAAACAUUUCUUAUAUCAGUACUGAAGUACUGUAACAGUGAUGUGUUCCAGAAUCAAGUACGAUUGGCAUGUAUAGACGAACAACAGACCGUAACUGUCAUAAAAGUUAAAUCGGAGUAUGAAGAGGCUUAUUUCACACGUCUAACAAGAGAACUUGACAAAGGACAAUAUAGUGAGGUUUUUGGAAAUAAUCAAAAUGACUUUACAAUAUUCAGAAAGAAAUGGUUAGUCCACAUAAAUAAAAUAAGACCGAAAAUUCCGUGGAAAACGAAUUUAGUUGGUUUGUCUACUAUACUUCAUAUUGUUUCAUCGUUAGGUUAUGAAGAUUAUGUUUCUCAUUUUAUUAAGAUCGACACCCGAAUUGUUGAUCAGGCAGAUGCAGACGGAAACACACCUUUGCACUUAGCAUCCUUAAAUGGUCAUCUUGAAACAGUCAAAUGUCUUGUUGCAUAUAGUCGACAUGUUCACAUUUUAAACAAAGAAAAGGUAUCACCUUUUUUAUAUGCAUGUGAAAAUAACGAAAUCCUGGUCGUUGCACAUUUGACCAAUUUGAAGGGUGACUUAGUUCAAAUCAACGAAACGUAUACGACAAGAGAACACAAAAGUGUUCUUCACAUAGCGUGUCUAAACGGUUUUACCCAAAUCGUGCAAUUACUGCUUAACCAUCAUCCUAAUGUCGAUAUACAAGAUAAAAAUGGUUUGACACCGUUGCAUUUAACUUGCUUGAAUGGACAGUAUAAUACAGCUUCUUUGUUACUAAUUUGCCAUCAAAACCGUCCCAAUAUAAAUGCAUUGGAUAUGUUUCAAAGAACUCCCGUUUAUUAUGCAUGUAUCGGGAGGUAUACAGAAAUUGUGAAACUUCUUAUCAGAUAUAAGGCAGAUAUAAAUCAAAGCACAUCAACCGGUUCUACACCACUACAUGCAGCCUGUGAAAAAGAAAGUAUAAAAAUAGUAGAAAUUUUGAUAGAAAAUCUUGCUAACGUGAAUGUUAAGGAGAAAACAGUCGAGUCACCACUUCAUGUAGCAUGUAGACAUGGAAAUGAACCUAUUAUUAAAUUGUUAAUUGACCAAAGUGCUUUGGUUAAUUCUAAAACUAAGGAUAAGAUGACACCAUUGCACAUAGCUUGUUCUUACGGGCAUCAUAAUGUUGUAAAUAUUCUCUUGGAGAAGAAUGCCAGCUACAAACAGAGAAAUAAAAAUGGAUGGACGGCUCUUUUAUUCAGUUGUGAAAAAGGUAACAAUGAAAUAGUAAAGAUGCUACUCAAUUUAGAGACUGAUGUAAAUAUUUCGAAUUCAGAUGGAAUAACGCCCCUUAUGUUAGCCUGUAAAGGAAAUAAUAUAAAUGUGGUUCAGACACUUCUUACUUCAAAUGCAGAUGUGACGCAAUGUGACAAUGACAAGUCUUCCCCUUUAGAAUAUGCCUGCACCGCUGGAAAUGUGGAUAUAGUCAAUGUAUUAGUUGAACAUGGUGCCUGUAUCAAUUUUGCGAAUAAAAGUGGAAUAACCCCUCUUCAUGCCGCUUGUAUGAACAAUCAUAUACAGGUUGUUAAAGCAUUGAUUGAGAAAAUGGCUGAUAUAAAUUCAGUAGACGUUCUUUGUGAAACUCCUCUUUACAAAGUAUGCUACAACGGUGAAAUUGAAAUAGUUAAGAUAUUGCUUAGUAAAGGAGCAAAAAUCAACAUAACCAAUACUUCUGGAACGCCUCCUGUAGCCAUUGCAAAGAAAAAUGGAUUCAGUAGUAUUGUUGAGCUUUUAGACAACGCAAAUAUAGUUUAA